AUGGAUGCAGUAAACGAUAGAGAGAGCGAGAAUGCACUGGUGGUCUCUAGUGCCUCAAAUCAUCAUGAUAAUAGCUGGAUUGACAUCUCAUCAUCAUCGUCUUCUUCUUCAACCCCAACAUGGACCUACGACGUCUUUCUAAGUUUCAGAGGCGAAGAUACUCGCAGAACUUUUGUCGCCCAUCUCUUCCGAACCCUUUGCAGUAAAGGCAUCUAUACUUACAAAGAUGAUCAGAGAUUGGAGAAGGGCAAGUCGAUUUCACUCGAACUCUUGCAAGCAAUCCAAGAAUCGUUGUUUUCAAUCGUAAUAUUCUCCAAGGGCUAUGCAUCCUCGACGUGGUGCUUGGAGGAACUUGUAAAGAUCACCGAAUGUCACGAGACCAUUGGACAAUCUGUGUUGCCAAUAUUCUACGACAUCGAUCCGUCAGACGUACGCAAGCAGAGGAAUAGCUUCGCCGAUGCAUUUGCGAAACACGACAGAGACCAUAGCCCGGAGAAGGUACAGAAGUGGAAGGAAGCUUUGUCUCAAGCAGCCGGUAUAUCAGGCUGGCACUCUUGUAAUUUCGCAGAUGAGACAUUUGAACUACCACCUGGCGAACACGAUCUGGUGGGAGUACGAUCUCAUAUGAAGGAAGUCAUUUCGUUGAUGGAUUUGAGAAGUCCCGAAGUCCGCAGGGUGGGAAUCCACGGGAAGGCGGGAAUAGGCAAGACAACCAUCAUCUUAAAUCCUCCUCUCCGAGAUGCUCAAGCUAAGAAACGUCAAGAUAAGAAGCACGAGCGAAGGGCUAAGUAUGAUGGCACGCCGGUUCGACACCUAAGGACCCUAAUCGUUCUUGAUGCUGUGGACCAUGCAAACCAGUUGGAGGCCUUGGCAGGAAAACGCAACUGGUUUGGCACUUGGGAUCCUCGUGACAUAUUUUGA